CAUCCGAAAAAAAAAAAUCUGAAAAGUAAUGCUAAAACUAGUCCUCACUAAAUCAAAUCAUACACGCUCACAGUUUUUAAAAGCUCAUUGAACACAAGUCAGGCGCGCCUUCCCAGUUUCUUUCUUUCUUUCCCUCUGUCGAUCAAAUUCAGAUAAGAAGAAGAAAGGAUAAUUAGCAGCAGCUGCUCAUCGAAUGGAUUAUAGCCGUUGUCGCCAUCGACAAGGAAGCUGUAUGACUUAGAGUUGAUGCUGCAACACCUUCCCAUUUUGCAUGUUUUUUUUGCCUUCCUUUUUCUGUGUUGUUUUUCGUUUCUCGUAGCAAACAGCACUCGUGCUAAAAAGUCUUAAAAUCACCAAUUCUAUUCUUCAUUUUUGUUCGUGUGAUGCUUCCUUUCUUUAACAUUUUCGUCUCUCGUAGCAACUCUCCUGCGAUUUAUAUGUGGGUGUGAUGCUUGCUUUCUUUAACAUGUUCUGGAAACCUUUGAAGGCAGGAAUAAAUGUUGUGCCCGUGCAACUUGCAUGUUCUGUUUAGAGAUAGAUUUCAUGCCAGCAAUCGUUAUAGUUCCUAGGGAAAAGUCUCCCCAUGUUAUAGGCAAAGAAAAAGCUAAGGAGCUUGAAUGUCUUGCAUGGCUGAAGAAGGCCUUUCUAUGGGCAUUCAAGGGAAUGGAGUUGCAGAACAGAGCUCCGAUAAUGCUUCGGUUGUAGAGGUUAGGGAGUCAUUCCUCGUGCUUAUGGGCCAAGUAGCUGUCUCUCUGGUGACCAUUUCCACUAGCAAUGGCAGCCAUCAUCCAUCACCCAAUGGCAAAAUCCUGUGGGACUUUGCAGCAGGGAAUUGUAUCAUCGGCUAUAUUUCUUUGUUUACACGUGUCUUGAUCUGUGGACGUCAAAGAGGGCUUGCCACCCGAAUUGUGACUGCGAUUUGAUAUGCUGGCAUAUCUUUUGGGUUCAUAGCUUGCUUGGUCAUGUGGCUGCCAGAUAGCAUCAACCUGUGUGGAUAGCUUUAGGGGCUUGUGAAUUAUGCUUGCCUACAAUAGCAUCAAACUGCUCCACAUGUUAAUCAGGAUUCUGUCUACAGGUUUGGUCUGUAUAUGCACGUCGGGAGCCUCUGGCCGUGUGCUUUAUGAGUACUAAUAAUGGAUGAGUCCUUUGAGAUCA